AUGAAGACCAAGGCCCACUUCUUUCCAGACCUGAACCUGGGGACCAUCCUGGAGCCGGCGGACCCCAAUGAGAAGCAGACGGCAUGCACCAAGAUCGUCAGCACCAUCGGCCCGGCAUGCCAGUCGGUGGAUAAGCUGGUGCAGAUGCUGCAGGAUGGCAUGUCAGCGGCCCGCAUCGAUCUGACGUGGGGUCCAAUUGAGUACCACCGCACCAGCCUCGACAACCUGCAGGAGGCUAUGCGGCGCACGCGCAAGCUGUGUGCCAUCAUGCUGGACACCCUGGGGCGCGAGGUCAUGAUCAGGAGGCCCUUCAGGAUCGACCCUGACGGCUGGCCCAACCAGGCCGGCCAGGAGAUCACCGUGAAGGCGGGCCAGAAGCUCACGCUCACCACGCGCGAUGUCGAGUGCUCCGACACCGUGUUCCCGAUCACCUACCCCCGCUUUGCCGAAAUGAUGGAGCCUGGGGACAACGUCUACCUCGGACGCUACCUCGUUUCAGGCGCUGACUCAGCGUCGCUGUACCUCGAGGUGGUGGAGGUGCAGGGCGGCACCGACGUGGUGUGCCUGGCCAAGAACGACGCGCUGCUGGACGGCCUGCUCACCCUCUUCCACGUGGAGCGAUCAUCGUGCGUUUGA